UCUCACUGUCGGAUAUACUGUCGUCCCUUGUCGGUUCACGGCUUCACUCCAGCACGGUUUUUCAAAAGUGCAUGACUUCAUAAAUCUUGCUGUUUUUUAACUGUAUGUAAGCCUUGCGAAAUGUAGCAUUUUCAAGCAUAAAAAUGGCUAAAGGAACUAAAGUACAAAUACACGGCACUCAGAAGACGCAUUGGGAGACGGUGUGAAUGAUGUGUCGUGUUCUACACUGGUCACUAGGUGUCACAAAUGUUUGGGGAGACACACAAGCACCAGACUUGAUUGCCGGACCAACGGGCUGUUACCGCAGGUUUCAAUGAGCUCACAACAGCCACAGUAAUCCCUCAUAAAAACUGUUUUUAGAAGGUCGUAAACGUGUUUUCUAGGCUCCAAAGAUGAAAAUAUUCAACUUAUAAUGAAGGAAUCCCCCGUGAUAAACGAGGGAUUUCCGUACUGUCAAAGAAACUGCCACACGGCCCAGUUCCCUCAUGCGCUGCUUCACAAUUUCACUGUUGGAAUUCCCUCAGUGAACCGCAGCCUACCCAGUGCCGGCAGCAUUCAUGCACGCUACCGCCGCGGCCUUUGACAGUAGAAAGACGACAGUAACGUUGCCGCUGUGCUUGUGUUGCCAGCUGUUUAGACAAAGGUUGUGUGUUGACUAUUUGCAGUGGACAGUAAACCCAUACCACCAUUCAAGCUGUACACUGACUGCUCUAAAGUAGAGCCAUUUCUAUCCCAAUGCCCGCUGGAAGGCGCGGCGCUGUGUGGUCCCGUGCAUCGCUUUGUCCAACUGGUGCAAAGUUAGCACAUCACAUACAAUACUCAAACACUAACGACGCCGGCACAGGGAAAAACCAUUCAAACGUGCUGACGCUGAGAUGAAACAUGGCCGCUGGCCACCAACGACUUUCCAGUGCCAUAAAAUGACUCGGACUUGCAGACGACGUGGAAAUGUUCAUUAGCGAUAGCUUCUAGUGUGACUGUUGAACUUGUGAAUGCACGCGUGUGGAACUCAAGCAGGGUUUAUGAAAAUAAUCAUUUACUGUACGUCAGGGGUCGGCGACCUUUUUGAAAGCCACAUAUUUACACAUGUAUUUCCGUGAGAGCCAUAUCAUGUUUGCUAACAUUGAACACAACUUAAAUGCCCACACUUUUAAGCAAGACAAAUUUUGGAAGGUAAUAAGUAUAACAUUCCUGUCCAGUACUGAAGCGAAGCAAUAACAAAUCAAAUACUUCCUGCCAUGAAUGCGACUUGUGGUGCUGCAUGGCUUUGCACCGUACUCCAGAUCUUUCUUUCUUUUGGCCAUCUUCUUAGCUAGCUGACUAGCUGAUCCAAGGGGGCACGUUCUUGACCUCUCAAUGACCCGGGUCGCCGACCGCAUUGUUCAGUACUAAUCUGAGUUUUGGUGUCUGACCCAGAAAAUAGGGGAAGGACAGCUGGCAGGGGCUCCGUCCACCUGCACUGCGGUACAAAAUGGAUUCAAAGGCAUAAAAAACAUGUAGAUUUUGAACGUUCCUUUGAACACUGCCAUUUCUGUAAUGUUUCACUUUAAAAUGUCAGUGGGGAAAAAAAAAAACAACAAAGAAAUGUCUGAGAGCCACACCUGACUCCCGAGCCUGAGCGUCCCUAUCGAAAGCUCACACGCUGCUGGACGCCCACAAGGAACAACAAAUGAUCCUUUUUUAAAGCAUCUUCAGUCGAUGCUUGUUGAAACGUACAACUGGUCACAGCGUGAAGUCAUGUCAAGACGGCUCGUGGCCGCCAAUUCAAAAGCCAUUUUAGAAAAAGCACGAUUAUAUUCCUUUGUCACAUGAUGGAGAUGGAUGCAUCAAGUGCACGAAUACCCAAAUAGCAAAGAGCGCUCUUUGGUGUCCGCUCAUAGUGUCCCCAUCAGCCCCUGGUGACAAGAGCAACAGCAUCAUUACGGCAAAAUCCAUUUUUGUGUGCAUCUCAGCUUUUAAAGGGGAAGCCUUGCACACCAGGGUGAGGUAAAGACACAUUUAUUAGCCACACGAACGCAGUGAAAUGUCAUCUCAGACGUCCCCCGAGGAGGAUGUGGGUGGCUCCAGAGUAAUAUUGUGCAACAGCAUUAUUUCCUCAAGAAAUGAAUCAAACAAAGCACAUUUUGACCUCGGAUGAGUAAAUAGAGUGGAUCCUCCAACACUGAAGGCCACAAAUGUGGAAUUCUAGCAACAUUAUCUGCACAAAUGUGCACAAACGUGCCUCAAACAUCAAACAAAGCAGAAGGGCACCAGUGAUGACAAAGAGGGAAAGUGUGAUGAUAACCACAGAACCAUAAAUUGUCAUUAAAACAACAUCGGAGAGUCUGGCUGCUUGAUGUGCAGUUGAUAAACCCAUUCGUUAUCAAUGAAUUCAAAAUAUCAACCCAAUAUUUUCAUGUAUUAGCCGGUGGAAGCCAACUGACUGGCAAGGAUGCUUGUUUUCACUACAGCUCAAUAUGGGGUCCUGCCAAGGCUUCAUUAAUCCCAGCAGUGCCUAUAAAUGGCCACUAGGUGUCAGUGUUGCUGUGCAAAAGCCUUGCUAUUCCCUCUCCAUUUUGUGUCUGACAUCAAAGAGUGAGUAGAUUUAUUUUGUUUUUUUCCAGUAGAGCUAAACUUCUUUUUCCACUUUUAUUACCGGAAUUGUUUUGGACUGGUGACCGUGUUUAUGACGUGUACCUAAUGAAGUGGCCAAUGUGGAGUUUUUUCACCGUUAACUUCUUUUUCCACAUUAGAUUAUUUCCCGUUUUUAUGAUGCCUGGAAGAGAUGAUUGAUUCAUUUUUGUUCCAUUAUUUUGUGUGCAUUUUUUAUUCCAUGCACCAGAGGGGGCAAAAUAUUAGGAACAGCUGUCAGGAUGAUUUCCCCCCCCCCCCCCAUGAACAUUUUGAGUAGUGGCUCUAUACUCCUUUGAUGUCAGCGGGUGUUCCGAACGAAGGAAGGAGCCAAUGUGGUCCGCGUGUGCAUGUGCGCAUGCACGCACACACAAAGUUUGCAGCGCUUGUGCUCUAAGUGGCUGUGCGAGCAUGGUGAGACCACGUGACGUGACGUCCCUCCCCGACACUCUCCUCGCGGCGUGCAAGGACCAAAAGUGAGCCUCCUGGUUUUUGCUCUUUUCUCACCUCCUCCUCCUCCUCCUCCUCCUCCUCCUCCUCCUCCUCUUCCUCCUCUCCAAGUUUGCUGCGUCUGUUUUUCUUCCUCGACUCUUUUCGCUUCGUCUCGAGCAGCACUCCAGCAGUCAGCGCACAAGAUGGACAACACUCCAGCAGAUGAGAUGUUCCCAGAAGACAUCAAGCUGGGAGACGCCUGUUCCCUCAAUUCUUCUUCUUCUUCGUCGUGGACGGCAGGAGGAUGCAACAUGACCCGUGAGGACGGCUGGGAGCACGAGAGCCUGUCCCCCAUCAUCCCCAUCAUCACUGCCGUCUACUCGCUGGUGUUUGUGGUGGGCUUACUGGGAAACUGCCUGGUCAUGUAUGUCAUCAUCAGGUACACCAAGAUGAAGACGGCCACCAACAUCUACAUCUUCAACCUGGCGCUGGCCGACGCCCUGGUCACCACCACCAUGCCCUUCCAGAGCACCGACUACCUGCUCAACACCUGGCCCUUCGGCCAGGUGGUGUGCAAGGUCUUCAUCUCCAUCGACUACUACAACAUGUUCACCAGCAUCUUCACACUCACCAUGAUGAGCGUGGACCGCUACGUGGCCGUCUGCCACCCGGUCAAGGCGCUGGACUUCCGCACACCCCUCAAGGCCAAGGUGAUCAACGUGUGCAUCUGGAUCCUGUCCUCGGCGGCCGGGAUACCCGCUUUUGUUCUGGGGGGGACGCAGACCAACAGCGGCAUCACGGAGUGUGCCUUACAAUUCCCAGAGCCGUACGUCUACUGGGACACCCUGAUGAAGAUCUGCGUGUUCGUCUUUGCCUUUGUGGUCCCGGUGCUCAUCAUCACCGUGUGCUACUCCCUCAUGGUCCUGCGCCUCAAAAGCGUCCGAAUGCUGUCGGGCUCGCGGGUGAAGGACCGCAACCUGCGCCGUAUCACCCGUCUGGUGGUGGUGGUGGUGGCCGUCUUUGUGGUGUGCUGGACGCCCAUCCACAUCUUCAUCCUGGUCAAGGCGCUGGUGAGCGUUCCCGAGACCACCGCCAUCAUGGCCGCCUACUUCUUCUGCGUGGCGCUGGGCUACACCAACAGCAGCCUCAACCCCGUCCUCUACGCCUUCCUGGAUGAGAACUUCAAGCGCUGCUUCAAGGACUUCUGCCUCUCGGCCAAGAUGAGGCGGGAGAGGGUGUCGGGGAGCAAGAGAGCACUGGAGGCUGUGCGGGAGGCCGCCGUGCCUCUGCAGAACCCGGACGAGAACAGUAAGCCCACAUGACUAGCCGUGGAACUGUCUUCUAUUUCUCACGGCGGGAAGGAAGACUCCCGAGACCUGGGACUCACCCACGUCACCUCCACUUUGUAGACUCGUUCAUCGACUGGUGGGCUUUUGAAUGCUGACAUUGAUGGUCUCAUCAAUUGAAAGCUGUGUGUGAUCUUAUUUGGCAAGGGCUAGCAUACGUGCCACUUUAUCAACACUAUAUGCUUAUUUAGGCCUUCCUCCUUCCUUGCUUUCUUGUCCGUUUUUCACCAGAUGUGCCUCGAGCAGUCCAGGUGGUGUAUGAAAGGUACUUGCAUGAAAACAACUGCUAAGUCAUGAAUAUUGUGUUGCAAACGAGUGGAAAUGUUCAAGGUUUACAGAUAAGAAAAUCCAAAAUUCGCCUGAGUUAGGUUUGUCUCUGGAGUCGUGUCCAGUUUGAUGAACUGUUGACUUUCCAGUAAAUCCCAUUGAGAUGUUCACGCACGCAUAUGACAAACUGUAGCACAUCAUAAAAUACCGUUGGAUGAUGACAGCCGCACAUGUCGUUUAGUUUAUUGCGCUGUACGUGUAGCAUGUCAACAGUAGUAUAAUAACGCAGCAUAAGCAACAUACAGUAUAUGCUUGACACUCUUAUUAAUGUUAUUGAAUGUACCGCAAUUGAACGUACUAAAUAUUUCAUUUUCACACAUCUAUUUUUGUCUUUCAUCCAGUCACUGGCAACAAAAAGAGAACCUUUCUUCUGUUGUCUUACAUGAAAGAGACAUUAGCGCCAAGAAAUGUGUUAUUUUUGGAUAUCUGUUUUGCUUUUUUUUGUUGCUUCCUUGCCUGCUGCUGUGUAUAGG